GCCGCUCCUCCCUCUGGGGCGGCCCCUCUAGACCCGAGGAAGCGGUUGCAGCCCGGCCGCUGGUAUCCGCGCACCUGCACCUGCUCCGGCACCGGAAGCCGCUGAAGCGCCGGGGGUCGGCCGGAAGUUCCAGGAAGGGGCCGGUGGGUAUCCGAGGGUCUCGCGCGGCUCGCGGGGCCUCCCUGCUCGGGCCGGACCUUGCUGCCCCGGGGACCCGGGCCGGAGGGAUCCCCGGGCCGGAGCACUCCCUGCAUUCCCAGCCGGGCCUCAGUUCUCCCAUCUAUAAAACGAGGCGCACCCCUUCGGUCCCGCGGCCCCCUUCCAGUUUUUCUUGUCAGUGCCUCUGUCUUGUGUAUUCUGGAUGAAAAUUUGUAAUUCCUCAGAUCUCAAGCCGUUUUACAUGGUUGAAUCUGCUUUGUAGAGUAGUGGGGAGAAAACAGACGAAAAACCAGGAAGAGCAGAAAGCACCAUGGAGGACAAGAGACGGAGAGUCCGAGUGCAGGGGGGCUGGGCAGGCCCUGCCAGGAACCAGGCUUCUGGGAAGCCAGGUCUUGGUGCCAAAGGCUCACCCCAGCAAGGCCUUGGGCAGAAUUGGAUGAAAAGUGAGUCACAUCUACCUGAAAGACAGUUUGUGUAUAAAGAACCAAAGGAAGAGGUUUUACGUCGGAUCCCAGACCCACAAGUGAUUGACAAAGAAGGUGUCUAUGAAAUCAGCAUAUCACCCACAGGCACUUCUCGGAUACGCUUAUUUCCCAAUUUCAUUGACUCGGAAGAAGCCGAUUGGAUAUUUGAACAAUUGUGCCAAGAUAUUCCAUGGAAGCAGAGGACUGGUAAUCGAGAAGGUAUGAGUUAUCUGCAGCCAAGAUUGACAGCGUGGUAUGGAGAACUCCCUUACACUUAUUCCAGAAUUACAAUGGAGCCAAAUCCUCAAUGGCACCCUGUGCUGAGCAUGCUGAAGAGCCGCAUCGAGGAGAGCACUGGCCACACCUUCAACUCCUUACUCUGCAACCUUUAUCGGAACGACAAGGACAGCGUGGACUGGCACAGCGAUGACGAGCCCUCGCUGGGCAGGUGCCCUGUCAUUGCCUCCCUCAGCCUGGGCGCCACCCGCACCUUUGAGAUGAGGAAGAAGCCCCCUGCAGAAGAGAAUGGAGACUAUACAUAUGUGGAAAAAGUAAAGAUACCCUUGGAUCAUGGGACCUUGUUGAUGAUGGAAGGAGCCACACAAGCUGAUUGGCAGCACCGGGUGCCCAAAGAGUACCAUUCUAAGGAAGCAAGAGUGAACCUGACCUUUAGGACUGUUUUCUCUGAGCCCAGUGGGAUGGAUUCGAGAGUGACCUAAGAACCUUCGGAGAGAAGCUGUCCUUGGAAUGGCCCCGCUCUUUGACAUCAGGCAUUCCAAGGUGGAUGUGGACCUUGAGGGCUCCUAGUGAAAUAGCUCUGUCGGAGAGGAAGAGCCUCGCUGGGGCCUUAGCAGAGAGUUCUGUUAAAUGGCAGCAAGCACUUCAUGUUUGGAAUAUGCUUUUUGUGGGAAUAGUAAUCCCCAGACACACCUCAGACUUGUGGGUUUGCUUUGGGCAGAUUAAAAUCUAUUGUGGUUGUGCUCUCUGAUUGGCUUUUCUUUUUGCUUCAUCUGUAUACAAGGACUGUGUACAAGGAUGGGUUUGUGUCUCUGGGGGCAGACAGCACACGCUUCCCCCGUGACUUGAGAGAAGUUGAGAUGUAAAUAUGUGUCACCAUCUCUGGAUUUCUCCUUGGUCAGACAGCUACAGAAAUCCAAACAGAGCUGUUUUUCCUGGGCUGCUUUGAAGUUUGUCUUGACUUCUGUGCUAUUGUCCUGGAAGGCUGUCUAUGUAAAGCACACUUUGAAAUGCACUGCCCUGCAGACUCUGCUCUAGCUAAUCCCUCAAACCCAAGAACCUCAGGCAGCUGGUCCAGUUGGCCUACCCCCGUUGGGCAGUCAGCAGUACAUGUUUAACACAGUGAAGAGAAGAAUCAUUUAGUGUGAUGUAAGGAGAAGUAAUAGGUUGAAAUUCAGGCAAAAUAGCAGAGCAAAUAUCCGGAUAGUGACAUCUGUUCCUCAUAGAUUAGUAUCCCCUGGAGAGUUGCGGGAGUCAUUUAAAGCCAAAUCAGAUAGAAACCUAGGGAACAGAUAUCAUGCUGGGAGCUCUCCUUCCUGGGGCCUGCUGGGAAUGAACUCGAUUAUCUAAGGAUUUUUUUCUCCCUCAGAUUUCAGUCACCCUAUGACUAAGGCUCUUGAGGCCAUUACGUCACUGAGGUUCCCAAAACAACAUUGGGUUGCUGUCUCUUAGUGCAUCAUAAACACGUGCUUUUGUGAACAGGAGGUCAGGAGAGGUAUGCAAGGAUAUUUCCAAACCAAGACUGGAAAAUCUUUUAAGAUAAAGAAAAUUAGAGCACCAGCCCUGAAGUCGGGAAGGUCCGAGUUCAAAUCUGGCCUCAGACACUUAACAUUCCUAGCUGGGCAAGUCACUUAACCCCAAUUGUCUCAGCAAAAACAAAAAAUAAAAGGAAAUUAAUGAGAAUGGAACAAGAUUAAAGACUUGGCUGUUGUGGAAAUAACCUCGUUGUUGAAUUGUCUCCUGUUUAUCCCAUCUCCGUUCCAUGGACUUGGAUCUGUGAUCCUGAUGCCCAAGUGGAUCACAGGGUGAAGAGGGUAGAGGAUGUUUUAUUGAAGGGCAGAAUAGAAUUCGUUGCUUGCUGAGUUGUAUAGUUUUGCUUUUUGAUAGGCUCUCACCAUUAUAGUGUCUGCUAUUUUUUCCAUUGGCUUUUAUGGAGCACCUUUCCUCCAAGGAAUUUGAGCAUUUUAUAAUAAAACCUGUGCAUUAUCCUGACAUUUUUGAGGGAGCUAUGAAUGCUCCCACGUCUCCCCCUCCUGCUUGUUGACAGACUAACCAACGUUAUCGGAGCAACCCCUUUGGGCAUGAGUUAGUGCCAUUAGGAAUCGCCUCUCUCAUUCCCUUGGAUGAACAGACUCUGGCCCCUUGGAGAAGACCCUUCCCAUUGUGGAGUCAUGACUUUGCAUCUUUCGGGCUUCUCACCCGGAUCCUGCUUCUGGUAGAGUGAUCCCCUACUGGGCAAUGUUGGUGAGCUCAGCCUCUCACCUGCAAGCCCAGGAUGAGUCAGCAGUGGGAGGUGACCCUUCAGAGAAGACUCAGGCGAUCUUCUGUGUCUUCAGAGAAGGCCAGUGUCCAGAUGGAAGGAGGGCUUUGACCUUUUUUCUUUCUUAGAAGACAGCUGGAAUUUUGCAGCCAUUUAUGGACACCAUUUUUACUGAUCUAUUUCAGCUUUUGAUUUUUCAGUAAGCCACUCCCCCCUCAUGAGCCCCCUUCUUCUCCCCAAAAAGCAAAAACACCCAAACCAGCUACACAGUGCCCUAUUUAGCUGUCAUAUAGAACAGUAAAUGACAAUCUGCGGUCCUUAGUCCAUUUUCUGCAGAAAAGAAGGAAUUGUUUUCCAACAUCAGUCAUCUGGAACUAAUAAUCAUCGCAUUGGAUCUGCUCUGAAUUUUUGUUUAAUUGCAUUAUUGCAAUCAGCGUACAUAUUGUUCUUCUGAUUUUGCCCUGUUAUUUCACCGUUUGUAAUUUGCUUUGUUUCUCUGAAUCCUUUAUUUCCAUUGGUCCUUGCUGCCAAAUUGCAUUCCACUACAAAGUUAGACUUUGUUUAGUCAUUCCUCAGUCAGUGGGUACCCACUCUGGUCGUGGCUUUUUGCUACUGCAAUAAAUGCUGCUUUCGUAAACCUUCAUUAAACACCUCUACGUGCUGGGUAUUGUGCUGUGUGUGGGGAUACAAAGAAAGUUUAAAAAAAAAAAAGAUCCUACUCUCAGGAAACCAGUCUUAAUGGAAUAGUGUACAAACCGUUAUGUAUAAAUAAGAUAUGUGAAGAAUAAAUUAAAGAGGAAUAAAAGAGAAGGCAUCUUUU